AUGUCAUCAUCGAACUCUCUGUGCGCAGCAUGCAAAUUCUUGAGGCGAAAGUGCACGCAAGGAUGCGUGUUCGCACCGUAUUUCCCACCGGACCAGCCUCAAAAGUUUGCCAAUGUCCACAAGGUCUUCGGAGCGAGCAACGUGGCCAAGCGUCUCAACGAACUCAAUGUUGCCCAGCGUGAAGACGCGGUGAACUCGUUGGCCUACGAGGCAGAGGCUCGCUUGCGAGACCCGGUGUAUGGCUGUGUGGGUCUAAUUUCCAUUCUUCAACACAGGCUGAAGCAAGUCCAGACUGAUCUCUACAAUGCCAAGAAAGAACUUGCCACAUACAUUGGACCUCAGGCCAUGCUACCUAUUCUCCAACCUCCCGGCUUUAUCCCACAGCAACAUCACCCAGGCAAUCCUUCCUCUUCUAGCGUGGCCUUACCUUACAACAUGUCGCCGAUGAUGAUGGGGAUUCCCACUGGUGUUGCUACGCAUAACGGCCAAAUGAUGAUUCGCGAGACCCAACAGCAACAGCACCACCAGCAUCAGAUUUUCGAGGCGCAACAAUUGGCUGCGGCGGUAGCUGCCAGAGAGCAACAUGAGAUUUACCGGAAUUACGAGCAGCAGCAACAACCAGAGCUUGUGAGGUUCAAUAGCGGGUUCGACCCGGCCGGUGCAGGUUCGGUCACUGCAAGUGGGUACAAUCAGAUGAAUGUUGCGGCCAUGUCACCUUCUUUGGCUCUGGGAACCUAUGAAACCCCUUAUCAGAUUCAAACACAGCAAGGAGCGGAACAUCACCACCCUCAUAGCAACCAUCAGCUUCAGGCACAGCUCUUGCUUCAACCACAACAGACACAAGCACAGCAACAAGGCCAGCAAACCCAGCCGCAGCAACCUAAGUCAGAAAGCGAGGAGGGUAGGAGUGUUGGUCCGUCUUGUUGAUGCUUCUUUUUUGUAGCACCCUAACCUUCCCGCUUUUUCAUCCAACCAAUUUUCAUUCUAAGGUAUGUAUUUUCUUUCUUUCUUUUCUUUUUGAUUUUUCUCUCUCUUUCCUCUUCCGGCGUGGCCUUACAUUACAACAUGUCGCCGGCGAUGAUGGAGAUUCCCGCAGGUGGUGCUACGCAUAACGGCCAAAUGAUGAUUCGCGAGACCCAACAGCACCACUA